ACGCAGCACAUCAAGGCCUGCCUUGUGGUAAAGAAGAGCAGGAAGGGAGGUGGAGUCCUCGGGCUUCCACGCAUGCAAAGUCUCUAAACUACUAUAACAACAGCAACUGACGCGGAAGCGCAAGCGUGGUGGACUUGACUCACGACAGAGGCAGAGGACACACAGAGGUUUCGCAGGGUAAAUACUAUCCUGACCGCCACGAUAUUCUCUUGAGGUGGUACAUUGUGCGGCUUCAUCUCCGCAGCGAGGUCCAAAGAUGUCGAUCUACCGAGCGCCAUCGCAUUUCAGGCCAGUGACAGGGCUUCCCAUCGGAAUAAAGGACAACACCGACGAGCUCAAGGGACAGAAGAGAGAGGACAGCGAGGCGCCCAUGACUUCGUCCGAGACCACGCGCCCGGCGACUAACGCCACCAUCUACAGAUCAUACAGCACAAGGCAAACGUUUGGCGGCGCUGGGAGGGUCCAAUUUGGUGGGGACGAGACUGUGGACAGUUUGUGGCCCCCGCAUGAGACGGUAACGGCCGACCGGUGCAAGGCCAACGUAGCGUGGGUGGCGUUACUGGGCGGGGUCAUCUUCUGGGUUGUGAAGCUGGUCGCGUGCGAUCGUUCUCACAGGUUGAACCCUCCCGUCAGGAUCUAUGAAAAGGCCGAGCCCUUCGGCUUUCCGGACGUGGCCCUUUGUCCUACCGCGGGGGCGGGGUGCGACGCAGGAGACCCCUUGGAGUGCCUGGAAGGCAUGCAGCUCUUCGUCUCUGCUCUGUCGGGGUUCGAAGACGACGCGGAAUUGUUUACUGCUUCGUUGGCAACACAGACGGUAACCCCAGCAACCGCAACGGCCCCAUCGCCGUCGCCGGCGGCUGCGGCUGCGGAGUCCGGAGUGUCGCCGCCACCGGCUGCUGCAGCAGUCGCCACAACAGCACCAACGAUAACAGUAACAACUACAACAGCAGCAGCAGCGACAACGACGGCGGCAGAGGCAGCGCCCGCGGCGUCGGGAGCGGCCGCGGCUCGGCUGGCGGCGAUGAUGGACACGACCGCACACUCCUGGUGCCCCACGAUCCCGCUGUCGAGGCUGACGGUGGACUGGGAUGGGAUCGCCUCCGGGGACGUUCAGUCCCUGCAUGCUUCCGUAUACGUUUUGUGGUCGGACGAGGUCGCCGAGACCCCGGUGUCGAGCACACGCCGGUUUAUUAACACCUUCCUUAUCGGUGAAGGAGAUGAAGGCGACGACUUUGACUUAGAAAACGCCGUGGUGACGCUGGCUAGGCUCCCGUACGACCGAAUCUCCGUCGACGCCACCAACGCGUCCGAAUCCAUCACGUUCGUCUCCAACGAUGUGGUGAGCAGGCGACAGAGGAACACCUCGACACGCACAAUACACCGGGGUACAUUUGUUAAUGGGAAAGGGAGUUUCGGACGAGAGUCGUCGUUCAGUCAGUCAGCCGGAGGAAAAAGAAAGGACAGCGAUGUAGUGGGUGGAAGCAGUUCAAACUGUUGUUGCACGUGUAAAUUGUAUCGCUGGGUAGGGCCUGUUUCUCAGGUAAACCGCACUUACUUGUCGUCCGCCUGCAGUAUCUCUCCGCCGCAGACUGCUUAAGUUUCGUAUUCGUAAUUAGUCAAUCGGCACGACGUUGACAAGACACACCCGAGUGAUUGGGACCUAAUGUGAGGCCACAAGCAAGGCGCGGAAAAUUCGCCGAAGAAUCGACUGCUACAAUGGCCGAUUCUAUUGGCAGCGCUGGAGCUGAAAGUGCUGUGGAUGGACUCCCACUAAAAAGCAUGUGAAAAAUAGCGAUGCAUCCAGGGACGACCUUGUGCCGGUCAGAUCAGAUUCUUGCUGCCAAGUCAACUACAACUUAUGGGUAACACGGUAAGAUAACGAAUGUUUGCGAACCAAUGCUCGAGCAAACACCCGUUUGCCUUUAGACAUACUACGGACGCGCGAAAUGCAGCAACAGGAGGACCAUGGCUAACC